CUGCGUGAAUCCUUUUGACGUAAUAGAAAUGCCUUCAAUUUUGGCCAAAGUUACAGUUUUACUACCCGCAGGCUUGAAGUCCAUCAGGGAAAUCCUCCCCCCAGAUUCUGCGGCGUAGUUCGCUGGGAGGAGUGCUAAUGCGGGGGUCACUGCAGAGCAAGCUCCGUCGUCAAUGCUGCUAGCCUACGAUUUGGUCCGGAUAGUGUCACAGCCACAACGUUGCAGCUACAGUGCCUACGGAAGCAGCAGAAGCUUUAUUUAUUUAUUUGUAAUUUUUUGUUUCCUCUGAUACAGGGUUGGCGUUUCCAAGAUCUAGUCUCACGGCAUGCGGCGUUCCAAGUCUGCAAUCGCAGCGGUGGAGGGAGGCGGCCCGCAUGAAAGCUGGGCAAUGUCACCUUCCUUCUCGUUGAUGAUCAGUCACUGCGCUAGAUCGGAAAGUUUGCUGGCCUGGAGUGGAAACUGCAACUGAUAGAUCAAGCUGAGGAAUCGUGCAGAGUUUUGCUUACGGAACGCUUCGUUAGUGAUGAAUGCUGCGACGGUUUGGGAAGGUGGGAGAGGAGCGUCGACUACUCUGGUUGCACGAGUUUGAAGCUGCUUAAGGAGUGUAUCGUUUUUAAGAGUACCUUUUGGUGGAGCGAAGAUUGGAGAGAAAUCAUGAACGGUUGAUUGGUGAGGGAUACGGGUAAGGCAAUCCUGGGAGCGGCAUCACAGGCCGAGCGGAGAGCCUCACAGGUCCACAGCAGAUUGUUUUUGGCGAAACGAAGGAGUUACUACACUGGAUCGAAUAUGUUAUUUUCAUUCCGUUUUCUUACAAUGUAGUGUAGGGUGCGAAGCCGAACUCCGCUCUGGCCAGAGCGUAAGGCGCCGGUGUUAAUCACUCACAGGGAUUUUAUCACAUUGACAGAGAGUCUACCAUUGAGGUCUGUGUAAGGCGCAGGACUCGAGCAUGCGAGUGUUUUUUGGAGAAGGCGCGCGAGGGGAUGAGUGGGUAGAUUAGCGCUUGCAUUUCAUCAACGAUGGGUGGAGGCAGGGCAUUAGACAUGGGCGACAGGGAACGCGCCUCAAGAACCAACCUAUCAGGGAUUUGGACGUGUAGGUUGUGGUCUGUGAUAGUUUCCGUGGCGCUGUUUUGGAGCUUCCCCUCGUGCUCAGCCACUCCUGAAGCUGACGCACUUUUGCGAUUGGCAUCUUCGUGGGGUCGUUUAUUUCCAACAUGGAUGGGCUCCGAUCCAUGUAUACAGUGGGAAGGUGUGACUUGCUCCGCAAAACAAGUGGUUGAGUUGAAUUUGAGUGCUUCUGGGUUGACCGGUCCCAUAUCUCCUGCAAUCGGGCAAUUGACUUCGUUGAUAAGAUUGGACCUCAGCAACAAUGCUAUCACCGGUCCCAUCCCUUCAGAGCUGGCGCUUCUACAGAAUCUUCAAGUGCUGAAUUUUUAUCGAAAUCCUUUGAACGCGUCAUUCUCUAUGGAAAUUUUGCAGCUGAAGAACCUGAUUGAGCUGAGGUAUGAUGUCGCAGGAAUUACUGGUCACCUUCCGGAGGGUAUCUCAAAAUUGAAUAAGCUCGAGAUCUUGUUCCUUGGAAACAAUUCAUUUGUCGGACCACUGCCAGCUAGAAGUCUUGGAUCACUUAUAAACUUACAACAAUUGACUUUGUGGGGGAGUCAAUUCAAAUCCCCUCUUCCGCCAGAGUUCGGCAAUUUGGUGAACUUGCAAUACUUGAACAUGCACACUAGCACAUUUUGGGGAGGUCUUCCACCAUCUUGGUCGAAUAUGAAGAGCAUAAGAAGAAUGCUGAUAUACAAUAAUGACUUAACAGGAUACAUUCCAGACUCUUGGAAGGCUCUGACAACAUUAAGAGAAUUACACAUUGGCCAAAAUACUCUCUCUGGCCCUUUCCCAGAAUGGAUAGUGAACAUCCCCAUCGAGAAACUGGAGAUGUCAAGAAACUCUUUUCAAGGUCCAAUCCCUGAGUUAAGCAUGACAAUGCCUCUACUGAACGCAACUCGUACAAAUAUAAGUCUAUAUUGCAACUAUUUCAAUGGAAGCUAUCCUGCGUUCCAACUUGGAGGCCUUGUAAAUAUUACAGGGAAUUGCUUCGCUAAUGAGUCAACGAGGGAGACCGACAACACCAGGAAUAUAUGUAAUCGACAGUUUUUCUGCAGAGAUUUUUACAUGAGGUUGGAGGCGGGCUGUGCUCCCUGUCCAGCUGGGAAUUACAUCUACGAUGACUUAUCAAUAUGCACUUGCAAGCCUGCAGAUUAUGUUGAGCCAUAUGGUGGAGGGCGUAAUGGAUUUGCGUAUGGGGCAGUGAUUGGUGGUGUAGUUGGGUCACUUGCAAUGGUGGUGUUGCUGGUGGCGCUUUGUAGAUGGGAUCCCAUCCAUAAGCGUCUCCCGUUUGAUCCCUUCUCACUUUUUAUUUCAAACGAUGACGAUGAGGAAUGGGAUGUUCCUGAGGGCGUGCACAGGUUUACUAUGGCAGAGCUUUCCAAGGCAACGGGGAACUUCGAUAAGCAGCAUGAGAUUGGAGCAGGUGGUUUCGGUAAAGUGUUUUAUGGAACUCUGGCGGAUGGCAAGAUGGUGGCUAUUAAGAGAGCGUCAACGUCGGGUUUACAGGGCCAGAUUGAAUUUAGAAAUGAAGUUAAUUUGCUGAGCCGAUUGCAUCACCGUCAUCUUGUUCGAUUGGAGGGAUUUUGUGACGAGCAUGAUCUUCAGAUAUUAGUAUACGAGUACAUGAAGAAUGGCAAUUUGGGCGAGCAUAUUGCACGAGCGAAGGAAGGGAAGGUACUAGAAUGGUACAAGCGUCUGGAAAUUGCUGUUGGUAUCGCUCAAGGCUUGGAUUACCUUCAUUCAUUUGCAGAUCCACCUGUAAUACACAGAGAUAUAAAACCCACUAAUAUUCUCCUUGACGAGUAUAUGGUAGCCAAGGUUGCAGACUUCGGCAUUUCGAAGGCUACGCCAGAGUUUGACACUCAUAUAUCGACCCGACCUGCUGGCACUGCCGGAUACUUGGAUCCAGAGUACUUUCUGAGGCGGCAGUUAACUACUGCAAGUGACGUUUACGGCUACGGUGUGUUAUUGUUGGAGAUUAUCACUGGUCAACAGGCUAUUGAUCACAGCAGGAAAGAGGAAUUCAAUCUGAUUGAGUGGGUGCGACCGAGAUUCCGUGAAAGGGGUAUUGAAGCCGUGGUGGACGUGGCUUUGGAUGGGAACUAUGACAAAGAAGUGUUUACUGACAUGACUAAUGUUGCAUUGAUGUGCGCAUCAUUCAACAAAAAUGAUAGGCCGGCUAUGAAGGAUGUUGUAAGCUAUUUGGAACCACAUGUUAGGGCGUUUCAACGGAGUGGCACCAACUCUGAAGCUCAUUCGAGAAGCUUGAUGCGGGGGUGUGACUUGGAAAGACUCACGUCAUCAGGACAAAAUUCAGAUGACCCCUCGAGUAGCAUCCAAUUCAUGACGAUGCCGUUGCGCACAGCUGGUAUGGACUACAGCCCAUUUAUCACGAGAAGACCAGACACCAUGCCUUGAGUCUCGUGGUCUCUCGGGACGAGCUUCUCUUUCCUUGUAACAAUGUCAGUCAAACAACCUUCCCGCUUUCUUUGAAGCGAAUGCGGUCCAGUGUGCCGCACCUCCACAUGAGCCACUGUUUAAAUGGAAAAGAUAGGACGGAGACUGGAAUCCUGCUGAUAGAAUUUCGAUGGUAAGAUGCUUGUCCCUCCCAUGGACAUCGGUUUCCAAGCUGUGAACCAUUUUCGGUCCAUUGUUGAGUCAUGGCAACUGCCUUCAGUAAAUUGCAAUAUAUUAUUGGUUAACUUGAAGAAUACACUCCUUGUGACCGAGACCCGGCGGUUUUGGCAACGAAGGUAUCACCCACUUGGGCUCAGAAUCAUUGGCUGGUCGUGCAUGAGAGGAGCGUAGAUCAGUGCUCAAAUAUGUCCGGAUACCGACACCAUUCAACCAGGGUUCUAUUUCUGAGUUCAGACAUGUAGAUACCGCAGUGCUACAUGCACACUGCUUGGAGACGAUAGCUUUUUGGCUCCCAGAAGAACCACCCAACCGGCCCUUUUAUUCACAUAAGUUCUGCGAUAUCAUACUGUGUAAUACACACCAGAUGGAAGGACUAAAACACUUCGGUUUUUUGAGUGACUGGCUUGUGGAUUCUCAAUUGGGUAGGACCUCAGGUCAGAUGGUGCAUCUCAGGUGAGAAUGUGUUCAUCUAGAAUAUGAUCGAUCCUCCUUGCAAGUGGAGCAUUCAUGUGGUGCUGGAGCCUGUAGAUAACAUUAUAAUCACAGUAACUGCAACUACAUUAGCCUGCAACAGUGUAGAUGUAUCUCGAGAUGACACCUUAUAAAGUAUAAAUCGUUGUUCAUUCGUACUGGAACUGAUUGCAAGCCCCGUUACUACGCCUGUAGGCAGACAAAUAGACUUAUGUUUACUGUACCAUGGUUUUGACAAGGUAGAUGUCGCAUCAUGGACACUGUACAAUGCUACCACCAAGGAGUGAGAACAGGAUAGCAUUCCGCAUCACAGGAGUCUAAUUGUUGCUGAAGAUAAAGAUUCCUUACUCACCAAUUUUAAAUGUUUGGAGACAAA